AGAAAGAAAGGUUUGUGAAGGCAACAAAGUCAAUGCAAGAAAGUGAUUAAAUGAAUUAUUUCUGCUGGAUGUCAUCAAAAUCUGUAAGUACAAGCAAAAAGAAAUGGAAUUUACCAGACGGUACCUUCCAAUGGAAUGGGAAGAGCGAUGGAGGAGAGAGAAGGAGAGGAGGAAAAGACUUAUUGAAGAAGGAGGAGAAGGGAUAGAACAGGACUGCCGUGAGCUGAGGAGGAUUGUUGCUUACAAUGACACCAGGAUGGGCCUGACAAGUGGUGGUACCAUUAGUGGAGGUACAGAGGUUAGAAUAAGAGGCACUAAUCAGGAAGUAACUGGGAAGAAUAUGAGUGAUGGGGCAUUUGAGUAUGACGGAUAUAAAGUUAAUUUAUGCCACAGAGAAAGCUUCCCUAAGGAAGUUUUCGCAACUAUGAAAGAAUUCCAGGAUUCAUUUCUUCUCACAGAUCUGAUUCUGGCCUCUCGGGAUGGGAGCUGCUUCCAUGUUCACUCCCUCAUCUUAGCUGCUGUCAGCACCUUCAUUAUGGAGAGACUGAGAGAAAAAAGUAAAGAUCAAUCAUCCAGCAUUCAGGAGAAUGGAGCCCACAUGUGUUCAAUUCACAUCGGUACUGAUGUUAGCCAUGCUGGGCUCAAGGCAGUGAUUGACUUUGCUUACAGUGGAGAUGUUUCAUCUUUAAACAAGGAAACCUUGGAGCAAAUCAAGGCAGCAGCUCAAGUCCUGGAAGUCCGACAACUACUGGAUCUCUGCAACAAUGAAGAAAAAUUUGAAAAAGGGGAACAUCCUGAGCAGGAGCAGCAAACAAUCUCUGCAACAAAACGAAUUAGCUUGACUCUUCAGGCCAUUCAACAGCUACGAGCAGAUAAAGUUGGAUGUGAUGUAAUUUUGAAUGUGGAUGGUGUUUUUUUACAUGUUCACAGAGUUAUCCUGGCAGCAAGCAGUGACUAUUUCCGCGGAAUGUUUACUUGCGGAAUGAAGGAAUCCCAUGAGACCUGUAUUGCUCUUCCCUUUCUUUCAGCUGCUGAUUUAGAAGCACUUAUUGACUGCUCUUACAGUGGUACCCUUCAACUCACCUGGGACUCUGUUUUCGAGAUCACCUGUACUGCCCUCCAACUUCAGUUCCAGCCCGCUCUCAUGCUUUGCCUCAACUUUAUGCGGGAAGAAAUGCAGACAAGUUCCUGUCUGGAUGUGGCAUCAUUUGCUGAAGCAUAUGGAAUGACAGAGCUCCUUGAGGAAGCCAAUGACUUUGUACUGAGGAACUUCAGGGAUGUGUCAGCUACAGCAAAGUUUCAGGACCUGUCACCAGAAAAGCUUCUUGACUUCCUUAGCUGUGAUGGUCUAUGUGUGCCCUCGGAGUUGGCUGUGUUUCGAGCUGUAAUAUCAUGGAUUGAGGCUGAUCCUGAGGAGAGAUUGCCCCAUGCUGGCUUACUGAUGUCUGGAGUGCGCUUCCCUCUCAUGACAUUCAGAGAGUUCAGAGAGGUCAGAGCAAUUAACCUACGCAUGGAGUGCUUUGCAGACAAGGAGGUGGAACUCUAUGGUUCAGCACUUAAGGAAUUUGGUUUCAGUCUUCCAAAAUCCCAAGACCAUUAUCGGGUCAGACGACCCAAAGAUGUGCUCGUCAUUGUUGGAGGAGACCACUUAAACCCAGAUAUGGGUCAGCGUGUACCAAAGAGAGAAGUGUGGUAUACCAACACCCUACGCAGUGGAACAGGGCUGGUAAAGGAUAUAGAAUGGAGGAAACUAAGUGAGAUUCCCGACAAACCAAAGUUCAGACAUGGAGUUGCAGUAAUGGAGGGGAAGCUAUAUGUUGUUGGAGGUUGUUACUUUUAUACCAAAGAUGACAUAAUGAAAUCUGCAUACAGUUAUGACCCUGCGAGGGACAUCUGGAAGAGACUGGCUGAUAUGCAAGAGGCCAGAAGUAACUUUUCAGUGGUGGUACUUGAGGAGUGCCUUUAUGCCAUUGGUGGAGACAAGGAGAUUAACACCAACAUAGACAGCGUUGAGAUGUACAACCAAGAUACCGACUCCUGGAGCUAUGUCCAGCCCCUGGACCAGGCUCUCAGCGGUUAUGCUGCUGCUGCCUUAAACAAAGGGGUUUUCAUCUCUGGAGGUUUCAAUUGUAAGUAUGUAUGUCUGGUUUCCAUGUUUUUCUACCAUCCCAAGAGAGGAACCAUCUACCUUGCAGACAUGACUCAUGAUCGAGCCCAACACUGCAUGGAAGCCCUGAAAGGAUGCCUCUAUGUGGCUGGUGGGGUGUGUAACCUGAGGAAGUUUUACACUGACCAACUAGCCUGUGAGGUGUACGACCCUGUGAUGGACUCCUGGACUGAGUUUUUACCGCUGUCUGUGCCACAUGUGGGUGCUGCCUCAGCCAUCCUGGAGGAGAAGAUCUACAUACUGGGAGGAUACUGCCAGGAUGACUACAGUGAGUCUGGGCUGGUCCAUCGCUUUGAUCCCACCAUACAACGGUGGGAGACCAUGGGCAAACUACCAGGGGCUGUUACUGAUAUUAAGGCUUGUCUGCUCCGCUUGCCCCAGCACCUCAGACACUAACUUGCUGGUAAAAAUCGUAGAUAUGAAUAGAUGAAAUCCAAUCAGAAAGUGCACCUGCUGUAUGUAGAAACACUGACUGACAACAGUGUUAAUAUAUUUUAUUUACCAUGUGUAAUUAGGAGGAAGACAGCAAAAAUGACACAAAUACGGUAACAGAUACAGCUCAGCCUUCCUGCUUUGGAUGAUCCUCAGCAGUCAUAAAUAUUUUUACAAGAUCAUAUUUAAUAUGGAAACUGCAUUUAAUAUUUAGGAUCUCAUACAGCCAGAUAUGUCCAAAACUUUGUAUUUAUUCAUAUCAUUAAGUUUUACAAAACAUCUUUCUUUUUAAGUUAUUUAUGACUGUUUUGGAGGUUCUUUUCUACUUUACUUUUCUGCACCACAAAGAUUAAUUUUACUCCAUCAGUGUUGCUCUGUUCAGAUCAAAUAUGAACAUAGAUUUAAUGCGAUUUAAAUGUUGAUAAAAUAUUGGCUUGAGAGGAAGAUAUUAAAUUCAAUACCAAUCUGGAACUGAAUUAUCUGAAAGAUUACCACUGUGUCUCUUUAGGUUUGAUGACUCAGCUCAGAUGUUGGCAGAGAAAAACAGGGCGUCUAAUUUUAUUUAGCCUGCUGAUUUUAUUUGGUUUGUGUGUAGUUUAAAAAAAAAUCUUGUUUUAUAGAUGGAAGUCUCCUUCAUUUACCUUUACAUUUACCAUUGAUGACAAAUGAGAUUUAGAAUGCACUACAGAGGAUGAUGUUCAACUUCUUUGUUAUGAUUCACAGUUUAUGUUCCUGUGUUUACUGUUUUUUUUUUUUUUUUUUUUGGUUUUUGUUCUGUUCAUGGUUUAUGUUCUUGGUUUCUUGUGUUUAGGGUUAUAUUAGUCCUGUGUUGCUUUGUUUCUCGCUUUGUAGUUCACCUGGUCUGAUUUGCUCAUUCACUUGUGUCUAGUUUGUCCUUCAGUGUAUUUAAGUCUAUUGGGUUCUGUUCUUUCUUCUUGUCCUUUGCCUCUUUUUGUUGCUUCUGUCUACUGUUUUCUUUUGUUGAGUUUAGUUUUACUUUAUUAAAAAACAUUUUACCUGCUCCGGUCUGCCUCGCACCUCCUUAAGCCUGCACUUGGGUCCUCACCCCUUCAGCGCCAUGACAAUCUUGCUAUAUCAUAACGUAACGUAACAAUAUCUUAUGACAAUGUGCAGGUUUGACUGAUAAUUCACCCAAAAUAUUAGUAAGGAGGAAGGAACCUCCCUGCUACUGACCACGAAUUGAAGCCAUGGCUAUAACAAACUUAUCGACUAUUACAGGUUACUUAUUUAUUUGUGAAUUGCUUGUUUCCUCUCAUGUUAACAACAGACACAUAAAACAACAACACAGGAUUUUGUUGCCAUGUCUAACUUUGUAACACUACUGUGUUUUGGAAAUGUGGAAAAUAUUACUAUUACAUGUUUACUUGUGAUAGUUGCCUGAGAUGACAGUCACUGAUAGGAACAUCUUCGAUACCAGAGCUAAAUACUUUCUUUCAGAUGAUUUUAUAAUAUGCAUGU